AUGCUGGAUUUUCCAGGAUACAGUGUGUCUGGUGCAGUUGCCUCUUUCUUCUUUGUACUGCUCACCAUAAGGGAGCCAGAUACCUGGAGAGUGAUUGGUCCUACAUACCCUAUACUAGCCAGGAUUGGGGAAGAUGCCCUACUAAACUGUCAGCUCCUCCCCAAGAGGACCAUAAUGCACAUGAAAGUGAUAUGGUACUCCUCGGAGCCCAGCACACCUGUGUUUGCACACUGGGAUGGAGCCGAUGUGACCAAGAUGCAGAUGGAAAAGUACAGAGGCCGGGUAGAGUGGAUAAAGGAUGGCAAUCAUGAGGGAAAUGUGACUCUGAAGAUAAACAACAUCCAACCAUCUGAUAAUGGGCAAUACUGGUGCCGUUUCCAAGGGAAUAACUACUGUGGAGAAAAAAGCUUGCUGCUUCAAGUAGCAGGUCUGGGGUCUGCCCCUUACAUCCACGUGGGGGGAGUUGUGGAAAGUGGAGUCCAGCUUGUGUGCACUGCAAAAGGCUGGUUCCCAGAGCCCCAGGUUUAUUGGACAGAUAUCACAGGAGAGAAGUUGCUGGCUGUCUCUGAGCAUUUCAUCCAAGAUGCCAAUGGCCUGUUCUAUGUGGAAGCCACUCUUGUGGUCAGGAAUGAUUCUGUGCAAACUGUGUCCUGCUUCAUCCACAACCCCAUCCUCAAUGAGGAGAAGAGCUCUGUCAUCUCCAUUCCAGAGAAACUCCAGAGUGAGCUAGCUUCCUUAAAAGUGAUUGGACCGUCCCAGCCCAUUCUUGUCAGAGUGGGAGAAGACAUACAAUUAACCUGUUACCUGUCCCCCAAGACUAAUGCACAGAGCAUGGAGGUGAGAUGGGUCCAAUCAUGCCGUUAUCCUGCUGUUUACACAUAUGUGGAUGGGGAACAUGUGACUGAAGAGCAGAUGGCAGAAUAUAGAGGGAGGACAUUGUUGGUGAGUGACGCCGUUGAUGAAGGGAGACUGACCCUGCAGAUACACAAUGCUACAACAUCAGAUAAUGGGCAGUACCGGUGUCUUUUUGAAAAAGAUGGUGUGUAUCAGGAGGCCAGUUUGGAUCUGAAGAUAGUAGGUCUGGGAUCUUCCCCACUCAUCACUGUAAAGGAACAGAAGGAUGGAGAAAUAGAACUGAUAUGCCGUUCAGAAGGGUGGUUCCCAGAGCCCCAUGUGCAAUGGAAGGACAUGGAAGGAAAGAUAAUACCAUCAUUUUCAGAGGUUCUGACUAAAGGCAGCCAUGGACUGUUCCAUGUGGAGACAUCUCUAUUGGUCACGAACAGCUCUAUUGUGAACAUAACUUGUUCCAUUCGCAACCCCCUUCUUGAUGAGGAAAAAAUGGCAACUUUUUCUCUCUCAGGUUGGUGA